UCUUCUUCGCCACCUGCUGUGUUUCCUCGACUCGAAGUUUGGAAGCAUGGCUUCAAUUAAAGAAAGAGCUGCGGCCUUAAAACUUGCUGAGAAACUACGCAUUCGUCCUCAAGUUCGAGGAUUGAUCGUGAAGGCACCCAAGUCUCCUACGUUAGGGAGCAACCUCGUCUUCCACCUCAGGUCUUCUUUGAAAGUAAGGCGUUGUCGAGUUUACCUUGUGUCCCACAACGAUUGCUUCCUGGGCUCGGAGGCUGUGGAUGCUGUGGUAGACUACAUUGGCAGUGAUAAAUCCUUUGAGGGUGCCACAUCAUGCCGGGACAAAGUGGUGAAUGUGUGCCAAGCUCUGUUGGACUGCAAUGUGUUUGAAGCAGUAGGGACUAAAGUGUUUGGCAAAGACAAGAGGAAGGCUGAGUUUCAGGACAGCAAAUGCGCACUUUACAGGUUUGUUCAUGAGCAUGCUCCAUCAGUGGAAGACAUGGAGAAGGGUGUGCUUGCAAGCAGUAUCCAGAAACUCUUCCUUUGCUCUCCCUCAGACGGAGAGGGUGAGCAGAUGUCUCCCUCUGGGCCAAAAGGUCUAAUACCCACGCCUGUCAAAUUCUCCCAGACAUCCACAAAAGUCCCCCCGUUAGGCAGUCCCAUAAGUCCCAGUUUGCCAAUGGAGACCAGAGUGGGGAAUUUUGGUCUGACUCCCAAUAGAGUGCAAACACAUUCUGAUUUACCACAGACAGUGGUAGAUGAGGUAUGGCAGGAGCAAACCCUUCUCAGGUUAUUAAACCUUGUGGAACUCCCGAUAUUGGAGGGGGUGCUUCAGAUGAACCAGAUUUCUUCAUGCUCUGCUCCAUCACCCCCCAUGACUCAUAAUAACCCUGACCUGAUCUACGGCAGCAACCACCUUGACAGACAGAUCCUCAAGGCCUUCAGGGACUCUCAAGAAGACGAGUGGCUCCGAGCAGCCCUGGACUGUCUGGACUUCCUCCCUGACCAACCAGUGGUGAAGCUGAGCCGAGAGCUGCCUCUCUUGUUCCCGCAAGAUCAUCAGAGCACUGAGCAAGCUGAUGACAACGCACCAGGGAAGUACUAGCACAAGCGGUGACAGGAUGAUUGCUGCUGAGUUUUGUAUGAUUACAUGUGCCAUUAUAUACGACAGCCGUGAUUUAACUUUCUGGCUCUAGGUAAUAAAUGCCUCUCCGAAAGUGGCAAAGCUUAUUGCAAACUGCUGCUGUAUGGUAUACUGGUGGGACACUACAGCAACACGGAUCGACCUCCACUACUUCCUGAGCAAAUGACUGAUGUAUAUUCAGCAAUAACCAAUCUGCUAGUGAAUGCAAAAUUGGGCAAAGCACUUGAAGUUCUUCAGCUGUGCUUAAAGCUGCUGCCACCAAGGUGCAGAAAGGAGCUGUGUCAGAUCCUUACGUUCAUGACGGUGGCUGCUGACGCACAUGAAAUAAAACUGGACAAGGAGAUGGAAAACAGACUUGCAGUGAAGAAGUCUUUCUCUAGGGCCAUCCUGAACAGCAAGGCUCUGUCAAAGGAGAGAGAGGAUCUGAUGAUAGUUUUCAUGCUCAGCAACGUGAAGGAGAUCUUCAAGAUACCUGGAGCCCUGCACAAAGAAGUGAGCGAUAAGCUGGCUGGCCUUGUUCAGGCGAAACAGCCAGAUGUCACUGGUUUACAGAUCUCCAACAAAACGUACAGUGGCAUGAGUAAGACAACCACUGAUCAGGAACUCUGGUCUUUGCUUCACUUCAUUCAACUGGAUGCCAAAAUUUCAUCCAAGGAGAGGAAACAUCGACUUAGACAGUUUUACCAAGCGCACCCUGAGAUAUUUAAUAAGUACUUUGGAGAAUCUGCCGUUAAUCUGCUGUAGGUUUGUCAAUGGAGAAAGGUGGAAGCAGGCUUCAAAUACAUCAUUGUAAUAUUGAAAUGUAGUAUUUAGAAUAUGUUUAAACUUGUCAGUGGUUGAUAAUGGUUCAUUGGAAUGGCCUCUAAAUAAAUUCCCCUGGGUAUGUACUUUAUCUGAUUUGUUUUCGGGAGGUUUGAAACCAAAGCACUGUCACCAGGAUCCACUCAUUCCCUCCUAAUGUGUCAUCAAUAUAAAAUUGCAAUCUCUGCCACAUGUAGAUAUUGUUGCACCAUUCGGGAUCAUAGACAAUAAAAAUGGAAAAACAAAUCCGAACCUCUUUAAAUACUGAAAUGUUUGAAAGGGUGCUGAAUAUAUUUGUACUGUCUCAAUUUUUAACUUAAUACGUGUGAAUAGAUCUAAAUUAUGACUUUAAAAUUAUAAUAUGGGCCUUAGAAAAAAGUACAUCACAUUCAAUUUGACAAUUCAUUGAAACAAAUUAUACACUGUACAUACUGUAUACAAACACAUUAAACCAGUGCUUCUCAAAUAGUGGGGCAGAUGACCCCAGAGAAUAUAAUUUAACUUUCCACACAAAAUUGUUGUCAGCGAAAGGAACAAACAACUGUGUUGCCAUGCCAAGGUGCAGCCAAAACAUUCCUUGACAAGAUUGUAUCUCUAUGUUGUGCU